UUGAUUUUGUAUCCAGCAGUAAAUGACAGUACACUUCCUCUUUUGUCGACAGGGUCACCGAGGUAUCACCUGCUUCAUCGUGGACAGAGACACCGAGGGGCUUCAGAUCGGCAAGAAGGAGAACAAACUGGGUCUGAGAGCUUCUUCAACCUGUCCUCUCAACCUGGACAACAUCAAGGUUCCUGAGAAGAACGUCUUGGGUCAGAUCGGCCACAUCGGAUACAAGUACGCCAUCGGCAUGCUGAACGAAGGCAGGAUUGGGAUCGCCGCUCAGAUGCUGGGGCUGGCUCAGGGUUGCUUCGACCAGGCCGUUCCCUACACCAGACAGAGGGUUCAGUUUGGCAAACGCAUCUUCGACUUCCAGGUGGCAACGUUGACCACUUCAAAAUGCAUCGAGUGGAUGGGAGGGGUAGGCUUCACCAAAGACUACCCUGUUGAGAAGUACUACAGAGAUUGUAAAAUAGGUACCAUUUAUGAGGGCACCACCAACAUCCAGCUGUCCACCAUGGCCAAGUUUAUAGACAAGGAGUAUGAUCACUGACUUCCUGCCCUGGUCUGGCUGUUUCCUCAUCGUGUAGACUGAUCUCCUGACCUGACCUCUUGACCUGGU